CCGCGUCCGCCUCCGUCGUCUCCGCGGCAGGCUCGCGCUGCGCGGCCGGCUCAGCCGGGCCCCCGCGCCCCGCGCCCCGCCGCCCCCGCGGCGGCUCUGGGCGGCCGCCCCAUGACUGACUGACGCGGAGCCGCCGCGGGCUGGGCCGGGCCGCUUGGGCCUCGACGCGCAACCGCCUGCGCCAAUGGGCGCGGCGCCUCGGUUCUCGGCUGGCGAUGCCUGGCGUGCGCGCCGCCCCGCCCCGCGCUCCUUCCUCCCGCCCCGCCCUGCCCCGCCCCACGCCGCGCCGCCCGCGUCGGGCGGAAGGAGCGCGCGGGGUCCACGUGCUGGUCCCGGGGUCGGUCCCUCCACCGCUUGUCGCCGUCCCUGCCCUCGCGGGCCCCAUCCCGGGCUGGCCGGCGGGACAGCAGCUCCCGACCCGGGGACUGCCCUCCGCCCCGCCCCUCGCGGCGGGGCCUGCGUGAGUUCCUCACCUGGGGACGGCCAGCAGGUGAGCCCCCUCCCGGCCGGCCCUCCGCCCCGCCCCGCCCGCGGUCCCCGCUAGGUGACCAGGUGCCUCCAGGUAAAGUGCAGCAAUGGCUGCUGUUUAUUCUGGCAUUUCUCUAAAACUUAAAAGUAAGACAACUUCCUGGGAAGAUAAACUAAAACUAGCACACUUCUCUUGGAUUUCCCACCAAUGUGUUCUUCCAAAUAAAGAACAAGUAUUACUUGAUUGGGCAAGACAGUCUUUGGUUGCGUUUUAUAAGAAAAAACUUGAACUGAAGGAAGACAUUGUUGAAAGGCUUUGGAUCUAUAUAGAUAACAUUCUACAUAGCAGAAAAUUACAGAAUCUCCUCAAGAAUGGAAAGACAAUUAACCUUCAGAUUUCCCUCAUCAAGAUCAUCAACGAGAGAGUAGCCGAGUUCUCUCUUUCGGGAUCCCAGAGGAACAUCUGUGCUGUGCUGGGCUGCUGCCAGGGUAUCCUCUCGACGCCCGCCCUCGCUGUCAUCUACACAGCCAGGCAGGAGCUGAUAGUUGAGCUGCUGAGCCAGCUGUGCUGGGUGGCCUGUAGGCAGCCAGGAGCCGCGAUACCCCAGUUGUUCGAGGUCAUUCACCUGACCCUUGGCCAUUACCUCUCCAUUCAGCAGCAGCAGGUCAACCCGAGACGCGCCUUUGGGGAGGUGACCACGCACCUGCUCCAGCCCUGCCUGGUCCUGAGACACUUACUGUCGGGGGGCACGUGGACCCAGGCUGGCCAGGGUCAGCUGCGCCCGGCGUUGGGCCGGGACAUUAGGAGUCAGAUUGAGGCUGUGCUUCGAGGUGGAGCUUUUCAGGCUGAGCUGCUCCCUUCCUACAAAGAGGAGCUCUUGGACCAGCAGCAAGGCGACACAAAGAUGGGGGCCAUGAAGAAUCUUUUGGCGCCCCUGGGCACUGUGGUUGCCAGGCUGAUGGAAGCUGGCUACUGUGAACCAUCCCUUCAGGCUGCUGUGGUGGCCAGCUCUGUGGCCUUGCUGUACAAGCUCUUUGUGGAUUCCUACCUCAAGGAGGGGAACCAGCUCCUCUGCUUCAAGGUGCUCCCUCGGCUGUUCAGUUGCUUAAGGAUUUCCCACCUGCAGGAGGAGCAGAUGCAAGCCCUGUCCACAUCUGAUUGGACCACGGAACUCCUGGUCGUGGAACAGCUGCUAAACUCAGUGGCCAGUAAUACUCUCUACAACAUUGCCGCUGACCGGAUCCGGCACGGGGAGACUCAGUUCCACUUUUACCGCCAUCUGGCCGAGCUGCUGAUAAACCACCCACAGGCCCCUGUGCCAGCCUGGUUCCGCUGCCUCAAGGUUCUGCUGUCUCUGAAUCAUUUGAUUCUGGAGCCAGACCUGGACGACCUGUUGGCCUCAGCUUGGAUCGAUGCGGAAGUCACAGAGCUGCGGACCCAGAAAGCCCAGGAGGGGCUGAUCCACACGCUCUUCCAGACGUAUGCCAAGCUCCGGCAGGUGCCCCGGCUAUUCGAGGAGGUGCUGGGGGUGAUCUGUCGCCCUGCAGCCGAGGCGCUGAGGCUGCCUGUGCUGGCCGCAGGCCCUGCCGCCGUGCUCCGCGAGUGCUUCCCAGAGCUGCCCCCGAGCCAGGUCCUGGACUCGUGGGCCCUCGUGCUGGAGAGGUUCCAGUCUCUGGUCCUGCCUGAUUUGCGGGGUGACAUGGACAUGGCCCUGAAGUCCCUGUCGCUGAGUUCGCUGCUGCACUGCGUCAUGGUCCACGCGCGGAGCCUGGAUGGCAGCUCGCCCCUGCCUGUGGUCAGGCGCACACGGCACACCAUGGAUGAGGUGCUGCAGGGCCUUGUGAAGCCCCUGUUGGACCUCCUCCGUGAGCCCCGGCCCUCGGCACCCGAGCCCUGGCGACAGAGGGUCAGUGACUCUGCGCUCCUGCUCGCCCACACCUGGGCCCAGGUGGACACCGUGCUGGGCUUGAGCUGCGGCCCAUAUCGCUCUGAGCCUGGGGCCCUCGCAGGCACUGCCCCGGAGCCCUCGAGCCUCCCUCUGCUGCUUCCAGGCAUGGAGGCCAAGCACUGGAAGGAGAUAGAGGAGUUUACGGCUCAGUCCAACUCCCUCGGCAAGUACUGCUUGGAGCAGCUCCACCUGCAGAGAAUGAAAAACACUUUACUGCGAACUAGUGUCCAGUCUGAAGAAGCCCUCUGCGCUCUGAGGCAUGAUGCUGCCUACAUCCUGGGCUCCGGGAAAGCGAGCCUGACCCAGGGGAUGAUGGCUUCCUGGGACGGCCAGGUGGGGACAGUGAGUGCACUCACCUACCCCGUUGCCCACUGGCACUUGGUCGUGUCCAAUCUCACGAUUUUAACAUCCUAUCUUUGUCCAGAUGACCUGCGGUACCUGGCUAGUAUCCUGCUGAGAACUUUGCCAACGAGCAAAGCCCAGGAAAGCUCAGCAGAGGAGGAGCCAGACAUCACACUGGAAAAAAUAUCCAAGGCUGUCCUUCACAGCCCUCUUUUCCCUGAAAUGCAGUCCCUCCACUCCGCAUUCCUGCUGUGCCUGACCACGAGCUGCGGUGGCAUCCUGUGUGCUGGUGCCCAGGGGGACCCGGCUCUCCUCCGCCAGCAGCUGCCCUGGCUUUUUGAAGAGGAUUACCGGGAAAGCAGAUUUGCAAAGGUUGGAUCUGAAGGUGUAGAGCCAAGAGGAGAAAUCACCCAAAACUUACUCUCCUUGGUCAGGGGUGACUCCCCCAUUCAGCUGACAGGAGAGCAGUUGGAGAGCAUCUUGGGGCUUUUGGAGGUUCUUUCUGCUCUACAGCUGGACAGCCUCCUGGCCCCCUACCACAUGCGUUGUUUUCUCCUGUUACUCUCCGUGGCCGUCACCACGCUGGACAGCUCUUGCUCCUCCCCACUGACCCUCAGGUUUUUGAUGACAUGCUAUCGGCUUCUUGGUUCCCUGCAGAGAGGGAAGAACGCCCAGUCGGUGCUCAGGGUCAUGUACCUUAGCGAUGUCUUUGAGAUCACGCUGACCUCUUUGUUCAAAGCCAGAAGGAGGUUUCUUGUGGAGGUGGAUGACCCCUCUUGGCUGGAAUUCCUCCAGGUGGUGGGGACGUUCUUAGAACAGCUCCUGCAGGUGCUCAUCCAGAGAAAGCUCAGCGCGGGGCUCAAUUUUGGGAAAAUCCUUGCAUUCCUCUCGAGGUGCCAGCUGUGCACAGAAGCGACUUCAGGCAAAUGGUCAGAAAAUCAGACUCCUCUGGGCCAGCAGCUCCUUCUGGUGUCCUUAACCAAAUUGUGCCAAGUGCUGGGGCCCUUAGUCAAGGAGCAGAAGCAGCACGACGAGGCCCUGGAAGAGCUGUCUGAGCUGUUGCAAGAGGCCGUGCAGCAGGCGGGGGCCGUGCUGCAGCUCUGCGCCACCUGCGGGGCCCGGGGCCACCGCCUCCCGCCCGCUGUCCUCUCGUCGGUUGGCUCGCUCUUGGAGGCUGAUGUGGCCCUGCAGUCGGGGCACAGUGGGAGAGAGGUUCCCGGAGGGGCGGACCACAUGCUGCUGCCCCACGCCACCCUCUACCAGGCUGUCUACUCUCAGAUCCUGUCGGAGUUGCCGGCUCUAGCAGGAGACACCCCAUCUUUCCAGGCAGCCGUGCAGUUUUUGACUCUGUUCUUUUUGGCCCCAGAACUACAUCCCCAGAAGGAGUCUGUGUUUACCUCUGUGUUUCAGUCUGUGAGAAAAGUCCUUGCAGAUCCUGCGAUUCCAGUUCAGGUAGUUGAGGAGAUUGAGCCUCAUCUGAGAGCCUUGUUCACUCAAAUGUUAGAGGUUGGGACAACAGAGGACUUCCGGAUGGCGCUGCAGUGUAUCCUCCAGGGACUGGACGUCAGUAACAUGUGGAGGGCAGAUCUGCAGAAGGAUCCCGCACAGGCUGUUUUGUCGGCUGUGACAUUGGUCAAGCUGCUCCUGAGCUGCCCACUCGAUGGCGAGAAGGCCAGUUUGUUCUGGCGCGCGUGUCCGCAGGUGGUCACGGCUCUGACGCUGCAGACCCGAGAGGCUUGUCAGGAGCAGCCCGUGGCACUGGCGCUGGUCGGGCCCGUCUUGGAUGUCCUGGCUGCGCUGCUGCGGCAGGGGGAGGGGACCAUUAGCAACCCGCACCACGUCGGCCUGGCCUUUGGCGUCCUGCUGAUCGUGCCUUUGGACCACCUGAAGCCCCCCGAGUAUGGGCGCAUCUUCCCGCGGGCCCACAACGUGCUCUUCUCAAUCUUGCAGUGUCAUCCGAAGGUAAUGCUGAAAGCCAUCCCUUCUUUCUUGAACUGUUUUCAUAGAUUGGUGUGUUCAGUUAUCCACGAAGGGCGGCAGAAAGACAAAGGAAGUGCAGAGGACCUGCCGGUGGUGUUGGAGUGUGCCCGCCUCGUGGAAAGGAUGUACAGCCACAUAGCAGCACAGGCUGAGGAGUUCAGGGUGUUUUCUCCCUUUAUGGUGGCCCAGUACGUGACGGAGGCGCAGAAGGUCACUUUGUAUCCGGGAGUGAAAGGCCUCCUGCAGGAGGGCAUCUACCUCAUCCUGGACCUGUGCAUCGAGCCUGACAUCCAGUUCCUGCGGGCCUCGCUGCCGCCGGGGGUGCGAGACAUCUUUAAGGAGCUGCACAGUGAUUAUGUGAAGUACCACAAGGCGAAGCACGAGGGAGAGAGAAGAUACACUGUCUAAGCCGUGUCGGGACCUGCUGCCGUGGCCCUGGGUCUGAGAGAGCUGGAGGAUGCAGGACUGUAGAUGCUUGAAUUUGCAGCAUGAAAUACAUGAAAAAUCCUUUGAGGUUUGUAUAAUACGUAUUGCAUUUUACAGUUAUUUUUUCACACCAAGUAUUUUUUAACAUAUUUUUCUUUGCUGUAAGCAUUGCAAUAGAAUCCUGAAAAUAGAUCUUGGUGAAUUCAAUAAAAAUUGCCAGAUUUCCCUUGUGGCCGUUCCAGAUGUGGUUGUUGUCUCAGUCCAGUGGUUUGGGGUCCCCUUUCCCCACUAGGAACUAUGUAGAACUUGUUUUUUUCACUUCAAGUACAUGGCUAUGUAAUGAAGCCCAAUUUAAAUGUCUUUGCCUUUUACAUUCUUCGAGAAACAUGGGACGUGUUCUUAAACACUGCUUUUCUGCCCUGCCUCUGGGUGCGCCUUCAGAUGGAGCUGG